AUGCACAUUAUGUCUCAAGAACAUAGUUCAACAAAUGAUAGUAAUUCAUCAAUAAAUGGUUAUUCAUCAUCAAGAAAUUCUCUUCAUUAUGAAUAUGAAAAUGAUCAACGAUUAAAUUCCUUAAAAUUAGAAAAACCAAUAUAUGAAUCAUCACCUGUUGCACGUAAUACAAUUGAAAAUAAUCAAGUUAAAAUAAUAAAUUAUCGUGGUAUUAAAUUAACAUCAUUUAAUGUUGAUGGUCGUCAAUUAAUAUGUUUACCACAAGCAUUUGAUUUUUUUCUUAAACAUUUAGUUGGUGGUUUACAUACUGUUUAUACGAAAUUAAAACGUUUACAAAUUAUUCCUAUUGUUUGUAAUGUUGAACAAGUUAGAAUUUUACGUAGUCUUGCUGCUAUACAACCAGGUGUUAAUCGAUGUAAACUUCUUGCACCAAAUGAAUUCGAUAUUUUAUAUGAAGAUUGUACCAAUUCAAGUUCCCGACCAGGUCGACCACCAAAACGUAAUAUUUUCUAUAAAACAGAUGAUUCUUCAUUGGAUAGAGAGAAAAAUUUAAGAUCAAAUAUAUAUGUUGGAUCAUAUUCGGAUUUAAAAUCUCAAAUUGAUUCAAAUAAUUAUUUAUCAAAAUUAUCAAAAAAUCAAAAUCAAUUAUCUUUAAUAAAUACAUUAUCAUGUCGAUCAACAUUUCCAUAUUCAUAUAUUUCAAAUAAUAGACGAACAACAACAACAACAACAACAACAUCAAAUCGAUCAAUAUCUUCAAAUCAAUCACGAUCUUUUACAAUUGAUUCAAUGCUUUGUAAUAAUCGAGAUAAGUUAACUAAACCUAUUGAUCUAUCAAUGACGACUAUCGAACAGACAUCAUCAUCACCAUCAUCAUCAUCAUCAUCAUCAUUAUCAUCAAUAUUACCAAUAGAACAAAUAACAAAAGAACCAGUCAAUUUCUUUCAUAUUAACAAUAUGAUUGAAUUAACUGUUGAAAAUGCUCGUCUACACGAAAAACAACUGGAAAAUGAAAUUGUUGAUCUGAAAAAUGAAAUAACAAAAGAACAAGAUUGUAGAAAAAAACUUGAAGAAGAUUUUGUUGAAUUAAGACGUAUUAGAAAUGUUUUAAUCAAAAAAUUAAAACGUCUUAAUCGAUCAAAUGAUUCAACUAAUAAUAAGAAUUUAUUAGAUAAAUAA